AUGUCUUUCAGUGACAGUGAUAAACUGCCCAAGGUGAAGCUUCCAGGAUUACAAAUAUUCUCCAAUGGAUACUUUAGUCGAUCAAAUUCUACUCUAACGCACGAGAAAUACAAUAUAGCACAUGACUCGUGGUCAUCGAGCAGUCCUCGUAUUCCGCUUGAAGCAAGUAACCAACUUCGAAAACUAUCUGACUGGGGUAUUGAGCAUUUAAAUGACAGCUCACCUACUGUAAUCGAGUCUGGUGACUUUGGUACGGAGGAAGUGCAGGCAUAUUUGCAAGAAAAAGGUGAUGAUCAUGAUUCGAAACAGAGCAGGAAUGUUAGCAGUUUAGAAAAGCUAGUUCCUCAGAUGUUCGCAGAGUCUCCACUCUCAUCCUAUAAAUUCAUCGAGGAAUUUCAAUACACCAUAAUCGCCUCUCAGCUGCUUACGGAUUCAUUCAGAUCAUCGUAUAAACCCCCUUCGUCGCAGCAAUCCAUCCUGGACUUUCGAAAGGAGGUAGGGCCUUGCAAUGGUUUUCGAACUCCAAUGCCAACUAAAUAUGGUCUGUUAUCUGUGAGGGACAAGGGAUUUGAACUCCAAAGGACUGUACCGUUUAUGCCCACCAUGUUACGAUGCCACCGCUGUCUUAAUGCUUUAACUAAAGGCAAGCAGCAAACGCGAUGUAAGACUCGUGUUUUUUCUGUUUUGGCAAUUGGGGUUUACCUGGCGCUUCAGCAAGAAUAUUUUCAUUCCCAAUAUAUCCAAUAUUCCACUUUGAUAGCCCUCAAAUCGUCCAUCAAGUACUUGCGAGACUUGGAUGCACUUCUCCACAGAUUUCACAUGCAUUAUAAAGAAUUGACCAUCUAUAAACCAAUUGGACUUGUACAGUCGAAUCAAAUGACUGAUUCAAAUCUACCAGUUGUACGUGAUAUAUUGAGUUCAUCGCUUGAUUUACUGUUUUACGAGUUGAAACAUGCACUGACGAACAUUUUACCAGUAAUAAGUCUACGAGAACUCAGAAAUUGUUGUACUAUCUACAACCUAAGCACAGUUGAUGUUUAUUAUGCUAUAACUAGUGAUGCGCUAGAGGUAGCAGAGAAAUCAAGGAGAGUAAACCUAUUAAAGAAAUUUACACUUUGCUGCCUUUUGUCUGUCAAUGACCAAAUUCCAGAAGAGUCAAAUGAAACACAGGAAAUGCAGCGUGCACUACAGAAAACGUUUCCAAUCUAUGAAAACAUGAGUUGGAUGCCAAAUUACAAGAAGUUUACUGGAAUUCAAACAAAUCUUUGUAAAUUGAAUACUUGCCUGAAAGUUGUCCUUUUAAAUUUGAGAAGACAUAGAGGUGAAAUCUGUUUAUCAGAUGCUGAUUCUGCAAAGAAGAGUGAUUCACAUAACUCUCAAAAUUCGAGCUAUCAAACCGUGGUGACUCUAAAUAAGCUUCGAGAGAUGGAGAACUUUCUCCUAAGCAGCUGCGAUACGGAAGAAAAUAUAAGGUCAUCGGUUUUCGAGGAAUUACGAAGUUUGCUCAAAUUUUGGCAGCCUCGGAUUGAAGCAAAACCCAAGCAAUGCAUCAAACCUCAUAGAGACAGACAUUUUAGUGGAUUGAACUUCGAUAUUGUCAAAUCGCCAAACCUGAAUAACAAAGAAUUUACGUACAGUAAGGAACCAUCAACCUUCACAGGCACAUUAGAUUCCCCUGUGGACUUCAAUGUAGUCGAAGACUUGGAUAUGGAUUUAGAGAAAGAGAACGGCGAGGACGCCUCAGAAGAAGUCUUCUCAAGCAAUGAAAAUCAUAAUGACAAGGAAUCUUUCUUCAACAGGGAAAGUUUUAAAAAAAUGACGGACGAAGAAUUAAGGCAGAAACUCAAUGAACGAAUAAUGCAUUUGGCAAUCGAAAAUAAACGUGGAAAAGCCAAGUUAAGAACAAAAAAGAGUUUUGAGCUCUUAAGCACUAAUGCAAACUUCCAACGGGGAAAUUCACAACUGGGAGGGAAAAGCAGGACUUUUCACGAGACAGCAUGUAUAUCCGAGGAGAGCAUCCCGGUACUUUAUGAGCUGAAGCACUUACUAGAAAAUAAGUAA